AUGAAAGUUUCUAAUAUUUUAUUCUUUUUCUUUGCUAUCAUAGCAGUAAAAUUAGUAUAUCCAGGUUAUGUUGCUGCCGGAUCUAAUAAUAAUGCAGGAGCCCCUACUGGAAAGAAAUUGACUGAUAUAGAGAAGAAGAAGAGAAAUAAGAACAUUGUAUUAUACUCUUCAUUAGCAUCUGCUUUAGCCUUACUUGUUGGUACUGGUGUUGGUCUUGGAUUCUACUACAAAAACAAAAACGAUAAAGGAGAAAAAGAAGAAACCGAUGGUGCCAAACCAAAAAAUACUGAAGUAAAAGAACCAGCCCCAGCCACAACAGCUUAA